UUUCAAUUCCCAUUGGUUAAACAGACUGUCACCCUCCAGGAAUAACCGAUUGGUUCACGGAACCGUAAUCCCGCCUCUUUGCUUCUAAAACCCCAAUCGGCUAAACCGAUUGGGCGGGCGUUGGAUCUGAUUGGUGUUGGUGGGUGAAAGGUUGGGCUGAGAACCGGACAAUCCAGGAAUGGCCGCCGUAUCGGGUGGUUUUUGCUGCCGGCGGCUGAGCAUCGGGUCUUGUGGUCGGGAGCUGGUUGCGGCGGUGGACACCUUCUUGUUGGACUGUGACGGUGUGCUGUGGAAUGGGCCGCGGGCGAUCCGCGGGGCGGCCGAGGUGCUGCUUGGGCUGAAGGCUCGGGGCAAGCGCGUCUACUUCGUCAGCAAUAACUGUAGCCGCCCGCGGGACUCGGUAGUAGCCAAGCUCGGGACUCUGGGUUUAGCGGCUGAGCCCGAGCAAGUCUACAGCACCGGCUACUGCUCGGCCCUCUACCUGCGCGACGUCGCUCGCCUCCGCCGCAAGGUCUAUGUGCUGGGCAGCGAAGCCCUGUGCGGCGAACUACGGGCAGCCGGCUUGUGGGUGACGGGCGGUCCACAGGACGCCGGGGAGCUGCCUGUGUCCAGCUGCGCCCUGGACCCCGAGGUCGGCGCUGUGCUGGUCGGCUACGACGAACACUUCAGCUUCGUGCGGCUGGCCAAGGCAUGCAGCUACCUGCGGGACCCCCGGUGUCUCUUUGUGGCCACCGACCCCGAUCCCUGGCACCCGUUGGUAGGAGGCACAGUGGUCCCAGGCUUGAAGCUGCUGAACCCCAAUGAUGAAGAUGUGGAGCCCAAAAAUCAGAUCACCUGCACGGUGCGGCCAGGCACUGGCAGCCUGAUGGCUGCUGUGGAGGUGGCGUCUGGCCGCAAGGCAGAAGUCAUCGGUAAGCCCAGCAGGUUCAUGUUCGACUGCAUCAAUGAGAGGGGAGCUGGCGAGCCCCUCGACCCUGCCCGCACACUGAUGAUUGGUGACCGGCUGGACACAGACAUCCUCUUUGGCUCCAACUGCGGGAUGCAGACAGUGCUGACUCUGACAGGUGUCUCCACCCUACAGGAGGCACAGGACAACAUGACAAGCAUAUGCCUUGACCGCCAGAGGAUGGUCCCCAACUUCUAUGUGGACAGCAUCGCAGAUUUCCUUCCCCUGCUAACGGACUGACUGAAGGGGGCGACAUUGGUGCCAAACUAACCUCAUUGACUCCAUGCGACCUCACUAUUGAUGGGAGGAAACUGUCUGCACACUGAUGGGGUCUGUGCAUCGGCCUUGGAGUUGUGGACAAAACAGAGCAUGGAUCAGCUAACAAAGGACGAGCAGUAAAUCCCAAGGAUGAUUUAUCCAUUUAUAAUUCUGACCGAAUAAAGUAUGAAGUGUUAUAUGACCACACUUUUGUUUUUAAUACAUUCAUUUAAAGUGGUAAGAGUUGGGAACCCAUUUAAUUUUUCAUCCUAAUUCUGAAACUUAGACCAAGACCAUAAGACUUGGUGCAGAAUUAGACCAUUUAGCCCAUUAAAUCUGCUCCAUCAUUGCAUCAUGCUUAAUUUACUAUCCCUCUCAAUUCCAUUCUUUGGCCUUCUACUGUAACAUCUGAUGCCCUUGUUACUCAAAAAGCUUAUGAAACUCUGCCGUAAAGACACUGGCCUCUGUUAUGUACUCCUCUACCUAAUAAAGUUGGCCACUAAGUGUAUGUUCAUGGUCUUCUGCUGCAGUUGAUCAAAAUCGAGGUUCAAUGUGUUGUGUGCAGAGAUGCUCUUCUGCUCAUCACUAUUGUAACACUGGUUAUUUGAGU